UAGUCUGGUGUACUGUAAGAAAGAAAAAAAAAAAUACUCCAGGGUCCUUUCAUAUAUAAGCUCCGGAAGCGCCUAUUUUUCUCUCUAUCACAUCUGAUUACUCUUCGUCAGCAAGUAUUCUUCACUCAGGUGGUAUACGAUCUAUUGCCUAGGAUCUGAUUCAGCACAAUCUACUAAGCAGCGAAGAUGGUUGUUCUAGCAGCUUCGAUAAUUUCUAAAUCUGGCAAAGCUCUUGUGUCGAGGCAGUUUGUUGAUAUGUCUCGUAUAAGAAUUGAAGGUUAUCUUGCAGCUUUCCCCAAAUUGGUUGGUACAGGAAAGCAGCAUACAUAUAUUGAGACUGACAAUGUGCGAUAUGUUUAUCAACCGAUAGAGUCUCUGUACUUGCUACUUGUGACCAACAAACAGAGCAACAUUCUUGAAGAUCUGGAGACACUGAGGCUGCUGUCUAAACUAGUGCCUGAAUAUUCUUAUUCACUAGAUGAGGAAGGAAUUGGCAGUACAGCGUUUGAGCUUAUUUUUGCAUUUGAUGAAGUGAUCUCUCUUGGACACAAGGAAAAUGUUACAGUUACACAAGUCAAGCAGUAUUGUGAAAUGGAGAGCCAUGAGGAAAGAUUGCACAAGUUAGUCUUACAGAACAAGAUAAAUGAAACUAAGGAUGUCAUGAAGCGUAAAGCCAGUGAGAUUGACAAAAGCAAGAUUGAGAAGAAUAGAGGUGAAAAAGGAGGUUUCAUGUCUCUUCAAUCCAUGGGUUCUGGGAGAAUGGAUACUGGCUUUGGCAGCGACUCAGGCAUAUCUAGCGGAGGAAGUGGUGGUUUUGGUAGUGGUUCUGGAUUUGGUCUAAGCCCUGAUGUAGACACAUUUUCCACCAAAUCCAAGGGUUUGUAUUUGUUUCAUCCUGUCAUUGUGAUGUGUCUUUAUCUUUCUGUGUCUGCGACAAUGUCUUGUUGGGCUGAUUUUUUCUUGAUAGAUUUUCAUAGAACUUUUCUCUUCACUGUUCAUUCUAUACUUUAUGUUCAGAUUGAAACCAGUGGUAAUCCAGCAAAACUCUUCAAAACACACCCAAACAUGAACAAGGAGUUGUUUUCUAAUGAAAAUAUCCUAGGCCUUAAAGAUCCAAAUAGGCCAUUCCCCACGGGUCAAGGUGGUGACGGCGUUAGUCUUUUGAGGUGGAGAAUGCAAACUGCAGAUGAGUCAAUUUUGCCUUUGACAAUUAACUGCUGGCCUUCAGUUUCUGGAAGCGAAACCUAUGUGAAUAUUGAGUAUGAAACCCCUGCACAGAUUGAUCUACAAAAUGUUGUAAUUUCUGUACCCCUUCCAGCUCUCAGGGAGGCUCCAAAUGUACAACAGAUAGACGGAGAGUGGAGGUAUGACCCCAGAAAUUCUGUUUUGGAGUGGUCUGUACUUCUCAUUGACAAUUCGAACCGCAGUGGAGCACUAGAAUUUGUUGUUCCGGCAGCCGAUCCGUCGGUCUUCUUCCCAAUUUCUGCACGCUUUACUGCCUCAAGAACUUUCAGUGACCUGAAGGUUGUCAACAUUCUGCCUAUAAAAGGUGGGCCUACUCCUAAGCAUUCUCAAAGAACACAGCUGGCCACGGAGACUUACCAAGUCGUGUGACCAUAAUGCCAUCAGCAUCAGAUGUGCCCCUCCAGCAACAUAAUAGGACUGAAUAUUUCAUUUUUUUAAAUUUUUGUCAAGACUUGUAUGCUUUUUCCCUUCCCCCUUUCAUUUUUUUUUUUGCAAUAUUAUGUCCGGCGAUGGGAAUGACCUCUUAAGGUUGAUCUUUGAAAAUCUUGUGCAUUUAUAGCUUAAGGAUAUCAACUAUAGCUUAAUUGAAUUUAAUUCUACUUACCUUAAUAUGACAUGCAGUUGCUUUGUGUA